CAUCCCAUUGCCGUGGACACCCCAUCAUUGCCAUCCUUCAUCGCCCCAACACCCUAUCACUGUCACCAUGACACCCAUUGCCCUGGGUGAUGCCACCCUGUGCCCACAGGAGCUGCGAAGCGGGUGCUUCUGGCGGGGGGUGCUGGCGGAGGCGGUGGCAACGCUCCUCUUUGUGGGGACGGUGCUGGGUGCCUCAAGAGCCCCUGCGCCCCUCGCACCGGCACUGGCGGGGGGCCUGGUGGCUGGGGUGCUCGCUGGCACCCUCGGGGCACCCCAGGCCAACCCAGCACUCACCCUGGCGCUGCUCUGCACCCGCAAGCUGGGUGCCCUGCGCGGUGCCGCCGGGAUCCUGGCCCAGUGUGCCGGGGCCGUGCUGGCCUCUGCCGCCGCCCGCCUGGCACUGCCGGACAAUGCUGGCCUUGUCACCAGGGUGACUGCUUUGGGGACAGCAGGGCAGGCCCUGGCCUGGGAGACCUUUGCCACCUUCCAGCUGGCACUGGCCGCCUUCGCCGCUGCCGACCGCACAGCCCCCCUGGCCGGGCUGGUCCUGGGCAGCGCUGUGGCCGCAGGCGCCCUGGCUGCGGGGCCGUUUUCGGGGGGCAGCAUGAACCCCGCGCGUUCGCUGGGGCCGGCCAUCGUCACCGGCAUCUGGGACGACCACUGGGUGUACUGGCUGGGCCCUGUGUUGGGUGCCGUGUUGGCUGCGUUCUCCUAUGAGUUCGUCUUUGCUCCCAGCGCCUCCCGGGAGAAGCUGGGCGCCUGCCUCGCCUGCCGGGACGUGGCGCUGGUGGAGACCACCAGCCCGGCACCCUCCUCACCCACCGCCCGCAGCCCCCCAGCCCCGCCGGCCGAGCGGGGCCAAGGCACCACCUGAGCCCCCCAAGACCCCCCCACACCAACCCAGCCCCGCAGGAGGUGGCAAAUGGGCCCCCGACACUGGGUCGUGGGGCAC